AUGUCGCGGGCCAUGGCAGGCGAGCAGCCGCUGUCGGCGCGGUCGUCCGACGGCCCUGCCAGCAUGCAGCAAAAAAUGAUGCGCCAGCGUGAGCUGGUGCUAAAGAGGCAGACGGAAGCAGCAAAAUCGUUUGGGGUGGUUGCCCAGCAACAUCCCCCACCACGGCCAGCUGACACACCACGCCAGGUGCUCAGUGCGAGGGGGGCCCCGCCUCCGCCGCCGGAUGCACCGCGAGUUGGCAUCGUCGGAUCCGCAGAAGUGCAGGAGGCGCAGGCCGCGGAGGCUGUCGUGGAACAUGACCGGGUCCCACAGGCCCAAUCGCUGGAAUAUUCAUUGGAAGAAGAGCUUCUCGCCAGUGGCAAGGCCAUUGAGCUCGACGAGGAAGACUGCGGCGACUGCGGUCCGGACUUGGGACACCACGGCUGGGAUCUGGAGGUGGAUAGAGGCGACGAGAAGCAGACCCGCGCCAAGAGGAGCUUCUGGCGACCUUGGAAAGCGGAGCAGAGUGAUGCUGUGGCAAACUGUCCUGUCGACGAGGUGUCGCGCGUGGAGCUAGAUGCCUUGAGUGGAGACUCUCCCGAGCCUGGAAGAGACCGGAAGCACGUAGGCUUUGGAGAGGAGGCCGGAAUCCCGAAGUCCGGGGCCACAUCCGCUUUGAAUAUGGGACGAGUUGCCACGCCAUGGACAGGUUCAUCCAAGGCGGGCUUAGAUUCACUGCUCCCUGGAGAACUGCAGCAGGACUUGAGCUCAUCAGCCCUGGAAAUUGUGGAAGAGGGUGUGGCUUGA